CUCUCUGUGCCAUUUUCUCACGCUACCUCACUCUCUCAAAGAACUUUCUCUAUCUAGAAUGGCUUCUUCCUCUCUGUUUGUUAGACUUGCAUUCGUUUUGCUCCUCACUUGGAGCUCGUAUGCCCAACUCACCCCACACUACUAUGCUUACUCUUGCCCCAAGGCAUUGCCCACCAUUAGAUCGGCUGUUAAAUCAGCCAUCUCAAAUGACAAGAGAGUUGGAGCUCAGCUUCUUCGCCUUUUCUUCCAUGACUGCUUCGUGAAUGGGUGCGAUGGAUCGUUGCUUCUGGAUGAUACGUCCACCUUCAUUGGAGAGAAGAACGCACAACCAAACAGGAACUCGGCGAGAGGGUUCAAUAUUGUGGACAACAUAAAAUCUGCGGUGGAGAAGGCGUGCCCUGGGGUCGUCUCAUGUGCUGAUACCUUGGCCGUCGCUGCAAGAGACUCCGUUGUCUUGUUGGGAGGACCGGAUUGGCAAGUGAAAUUGGGAAGGAGGGACGCGAGGACAGCGAGCCAGGCCGCUGCAAACAACAGCAUCCCACCUCCGACCUUCAACCUCAAUCAGCUCAUCAACAGUUUCGCUAAUCAAGGCCUAUCUCAAAAGGACAUGGUUGCCCUCUCCGGAGGCCACACUCUUGGCGUUGCUCGCUGCAUUAACAUCAGGGACCGCAUCUACAAUGAGACCAACAUCGACCCUUCAUUUGCCAAGACUCGGCAAUCCAACUGCCCAAGGACCGCGGGCUCAGGAGACAACAACGUGAACCCUCUGGAACUUCAAACCCCAACGGCCUUUGACAACAAGUAUUUCAAGAACCUGAUUAACAAGAAGGGCCUUCUCCACUCUGAUCAGCAGCUCUUCAAUGGUGGGUCCGCCGAUUCUCUUGUUCGAAGCUACAGCUCCAAUUCAGACUUGUUUAAUAAGGACUUUGUGGCUGCCAUGAUCAAGAUGGGUGACAUCAAACCUCUCACCGGCUCUAAUGGAGAAAUUCGCAAGAAUUGUAGAAAGAUCAACUAAGUGCUCACUCUCUCUUCUUUCUCUCUCUAAGUUCUCUCUCUCCUUCAAUAUUUGUUUACUUAAUACCUAUGUUCUUGGUUUUGCAUUGAUAUUUGAGGUUUGGGCGCGUGUUUAAUUGUUUAAUAAAGCCUCUCUAUGGUAGAGUGGAUGUGAUCUGGUGCUUAUCAUGUGGUUUUUGGAUCUACCCAUUGUUGGUUUUUUGGGUUAUAUGAGUAAUUAGUAGAGGCCCUUAAAGGCAAAUUGUUAUUAA